GACAUUUAGGCACGUGUAGUGAUCUUAACCUAAGAUUUUUAAAUGGAUUUUUAUUAUUAAUACAAAUGAUAAUAAAAUCAUAUUGUUCUUGAAGAAAAUUACAAUAAUUAGCCAGAAAUACAAAACUGAAAAAUGGGCCGAUUCAGAAGCAAACUAAAAGGGCAAACGAAAGGGAAAAGAUGGGCCAAAGGGCAGAGCUCUAGUUCAAAUCCAGAGACGAAGAAAUACAGAGAUCAAGCUAAAAGUAGGUUUUUCCAGGUAAAUCUGGGACCAAGCUCUCUAACUACUGAUACUUUGAAAAAACACGAUGCACUGCAAAUGUUUAAUAGUGUGAAAAGUACACAAAUGGACAUUGAACCUACUGAAGAUGGAUCUGAAAGUAGUUUGGGAUCAUAUAGCUCGUACCAAUCCAUGCAAUCCUUUGCAUCGGAGUGGUCGGAUUGUAGCAACAUGUCUUAUAACAAAUUUAUGAAGACUUUCCAUGCGGAUUCAGCGUUACACAAGCAAAUGCUUGCUAUUCUUGCUGCCAUAACUGAGGUAAUUAAACAAAACGGUGGAUCAGAAACAUCCACGGAGUAUUACUGUUCACUUCUCACUACUUUGGAGACAAUUUAUAACAACGAAGAAAGAACAGAAGAACAAAUAACAGCAGUUCUGGCUCUUUUAAAUAUUGGAAUCAAAACAGUGCCUGAUGCAGUGCUUAGGAAACAUUUCAACGAUAUCACACUCAAACUGUUGCUCAUAUUAAAAGACUUUUCAACAGCAGAGAACAACGUUAUUAUAAAAUCAACCCUAGGAAUCUUAACAACAGUUUUAAGGGCUCAAGAAGCGGCAAUAUGGAGUCACGACACGACCAAACAAAUUUUUAACGCUAUACUAAAUCCUUUUUGUAUUCAUUCGAAACCUAAAUGGCGGAAAGCAGCCCAAAAUGCUGUAGCAGGCAUUGUUAAAGCACCAUGCUUUUUAAACAACCAGGUUCAUAAUGUUCCAGCUGACAAAUGUGCAGAGUUUUGUCAAGAUAUUUUGGGUAGUUCCAGCAAAAAAUCUAUUCAAGCUGGGCAAACUACCAUCCUGCAUACUCUAGGAUUAUUGAAAGAAACUAUACAAAGUUUUAGUAAAGUACAUAUAAAAAAAUCCUGUGAAACUAUAUUGAGACUAAUGACUUUAAAUUAUCCUAUUGUUACAUCCUGUGGUCUUCAAGUGAUGCACUCACUGUUCUCUUCACAACAAGCUGUGAUUUCUGGUGAUUUAAAUGGUAAAUUAAUCGCAGCUUUGUAUGAAUAUCAACCAGGAGCACUGAAUAUACAACCUACAUUGGCUUGGUUACUGGUAAUGCAAGAAGCUCAUGUUCAUCUAGCUGAUAUAGAUAUUUCAAUCGCUAUGAGUUUACUGACUAAAUUUUUUACUACUGUUUCUGAACUGUGGUUAACUGGAAAAAGUGAUGUAAUUAGUGCAGCAACACAUUGUCUUGAGGUCCUUUUAAAAGAUAUUGUUGGACCAGCAACAGAAACUACAGAUUCCGUUCAAAAACAUUUUUCAAAAUUAGAGAAGUGUUUUAAUAUUAUCCAUUCGUGCCUUAAUUAUCAAUACAAUAAUACAUGGAGUCAAGUAUUGCAUAUUAUUGGAGUUAUGUUCGAUGUAGCGGGGGCAAAUUGUUCAAAUAUGUUUGUGGAUGCAUUGAAGACAUUAGCUGAGUUAAGGGAUUCCUUCAAGUUUAGUUAUAACAGCGAACUAGAGUACGCAGUAGGCGCUGCAAUACGUUCAAUGGGCCCUGAAAAAGUCCUAAAUAUCAUCUCAUUAAAAAAAGAAAACGGCGACCUUAACAUCGACCGUUCCUGGUUACUCCCGGUUUUAAAAGAAAACAUCAAAUGCUCCACCUUAAAGUACUUCAGAGAGGGCAUCUUCCCUCUGGCGAGGUACUGCCAGCAAAGAUCCACACAGUUAGCUCAAGCAAACGACGGUAUUGGCGCGCACAGCAGCGAACUUUUAUAUCUACAACUAUGGAACUUACUACCAUGUUUCUGUAAUAGUCCGACAGAUAUAAAGGACGAAUUCAAAACACUGGCUAAAAUGCUAGGUUUGGCUAUAUCAGAGAGGAAGGAACUCAGAUUAUCGGUUAUGGCUUCUUUGAGAAAACUUAUUCAAAGCGCUAAAGACAGUAACAACGAAGAGGAUCUUUCUGAGAUAGCAAGAUUCGAUAAAAACUAUCUCCCGAUCUUAUUUAACGUUUACACGACAAAACCAAUCGGUACAGACGAAGAAGGACAACGACUAGCUUCCCUAGAAACGAUCAAACUAUACCUAACACUAGCCAGACCAGAACUAACCUCACAACUCUUCAAAAACGCCGUGGAACGACUCAACACCUCCACGGACGAACCAGAAGACCAUUUUAUCAGAGAAUCAAUCCUGGACCUAAUAAGAGCACUCAUACCUUACCAAAACAUCCAGGGAAUCAGUACAGUCUACGAUCAGUGCGUUAAAAGCUUGCCAGACAUAAAAAACAACAAGGAACAGAAAAAGGCUUACAGGAUCUUAGAAGAGAUUGUCUCGAGUGAGUCUGAAGGAUGUAAAAAGUUUGUGAAGAGUCACAAAAAAGAGGUUCAAAAAGUGUUAAGGAAGAGUCUAAAUACUUCCGCAACUUCAAGCAAAGGGGCUAGAUUGAGGUGUUAUAAUUACCUUAUUAAGGCUCAGCCUAAGUUGGAUCAUGAAAGUAAACUGAUUAGGUUGGUUCUGCCUGAGGCUGUGAUGUGUUGCAAGGAUAUUAACGAGAAAUGCAGGGAAACAGCCUAUGGGGUUAUAAACACAAUAGGAGAAACGUUAUUGACUCACAAUCAAAUGGAGAAUUUUGUGGUUAUGUUGAUCAGUGGGCUAGCUGGAACACCCCAAAUGGUUUCAUCGACGAUCCUAGCACUUGCUUCAGCUUUACACAACUUUUCUGGAGCUCUAGGACAAGAAAACAUAAAACUAAUCCUGGAUAAUAUCGUUAUACUGUCUUCAUCACCUACCAGGGAAAUAGUCUCGUCAUGUUUGAGUUUUUUAAAGGUUUACUACACGGCUUUACCCUCUUUGAUGGUGCAGGCUUCUCUAGAAAGUAUCAUGAAGAUCCUUACCGGAAUGACAGAAGAUUGCAAACGUCAUUACAGGUUAAAAGUCCGAGAUAUACUGGACAGGUUAAUCAGGAAGUAUGGUUCAGAGAAUAUACUACCUUAUGUACCUUCUGACGAUCAAGUGAUGCACAAAAGGAUCAGGAAUUUGAGGAAAUUGAACGAGAGAAAGAAGAAACUGAAGAACGAAAGGAAGAAUAUGGAUAGUGAUGAAGAUAUUGGUGAUUUCGGAGGGAAAUCUAAACCAAAAACCGUGGAAGAGAUUUUGGCCGACAGCGAUUCCGAGCUCGACAUUCAAGAACCGGAAAGUAAUAAAAUUCCCAAAAAGAAGAGACAGAGUAAUACGUGGAUUGAAGAAGACCCGGAAAGCAUUGUUGAUUUUAUCGAUCCAACUGUUUCCAGUAAAAUUAGCGCUACUAAACCUAGUCAAAAUCCGAGUCAGUUACAGUUAUCUCAAAAGAAUACAGAAAAGACGAAAAAUAGAGGUUUCAAAACAGCUCCGGAUGGAAGACUUAUCAUCAAAGACCAAGAGGAUUCUAGCGAUGAUGACACCAGAAAAAAGAAAUCGGAUAAAAUCAAUUUAAAGUCCGAGGAUUCUUCAGAUAGUGAUGAUGAAGAAGGGGCUAGUGUUGCCGAAACUUUGUUGCUGUCUGAUCGAAAAAGAAAACGAUCUGGGUCAGUUAAAAGUAAAUUCAGCAGUGUAUCUAGCCAGCCAUUACCAAAAUACAAGGCUGGUGGAAUUGGGAUACAUCGACAAAUAUCUUCUGCUUCGUCUGUGAAGAGUGGAGUGUCAUCAUCUUCCAGAGGUUUUGGGGAGGAGUACAAGAGUAAAAAAGCCGCGGGGGAUGUGAAGAAGAAAGGGAAGAAAUUGGACCCUUACGCUUAUGUACCGCUGCAAAGAAGUACUUUGAAUAAGAGGAAGAAGAAUAAAGGAUUAGGCCAGUUGAAGAGUAUAGUUAAAGGUGCCAAAAGUGGAGCACUUAAAGGGGCUAAAGCUAAACGAAAUAGGAAGUCUUCUGUUUAGAAAAAUUAAACCUGUUUGUUGUGAUAAUUCUAGAAGUAUUUAUAAAACCUAAUAAUUUAAAAUAAAGUUUUU